AUGACUACGCUCACUAGUUCUGCUAUAAGCACAGCUGUGAUCACAUCAGAAGCACUUGUAGUAGUAAUGCAUGGUGGAAACCUUAAGAAGUGGAAUCCAUGUGCUGCUCCUACUGAUUACGGUAGCGAUACCGUGAGCGAACCGACUAGCGAAGGCAUGAUCGAACGAUGUGUGGUCGUACAACGUCAGAGUGAUGGUUACGGUUUUACGGUAACCGGUGAUCAUCCGGUUUUCGUGCACACAGUAAAACCCGAUGGAGCCGCGUUCUGUGCCGGCGUACGAGAAGGAGAUCGAAUCCUGAAGGUGGGAAAAUGA